AUGCAACCUCAACAGAGCUCAAGAAUCAAUUUGGGUGAGUUGAAAGUACUGAUUGUAAAGAAGAUUGGAGUGGAAAAGUCGAAGCGGUACUUUUAUUACCUGAACAGGUUUUUGAGUCAUCAGUUGAGCAAGAAUGAGUUUGAUAAGUUGUGUUUUCGGGUACUCGGGAGGGAGAAUCUUCCGUUGCACAAUCAUUUUGUCAAGUCAAUUUUGAAGAAUGCCUGCCAUGCUAAGACUCCACCACCUGCUAGGCCGUCAGGUUCUUCCAGAUCAGGAGCACGUGUUACUAAUUUAUCUCCUGGUAGGGAAGAUGGACGCGAGCGAAGUGUUGCUAAUGUGAACUUCCAGAAUCAUGAUGUUUCUGUUUGGUCAAAUGGGGUUUUGCCAGUGUCCCCGCGUAAGGUGCGGACUGGAAUGCGUGACCGGAAGCUUAAAGAUAGACCGAGUCCCCUUGGACCAAACGGGAAAGUUAAUUCCGUUGAUCAUCAUUGCAUGGAGAACGGAGCUAUUACUCCAUGUGAUUAUCAGCGACCAACACAACAUCUUCAAGCAGUUGCUGAGCUACCUAAGAAUGCUACGGGGGAUGAUAUUCAGGGACUAGCCAAAAAGCCAAGAACACGUGUAAAAGGUCUGACUGAAAUGUCGACCGUGGAAGAUGGAGAGGAGGUAGAGCAACUAAACCGCCUCAGUUUUACCAGAAGUACUCUGAUAGCCCCACUUGGGAUUCCUUACUGCUCUGCAAGUGUGGGUGGGGCCCACAAAGCAGUGCCUGUGAAUAGCACGGGUAAUUUUGUCGGUUAUUGUGACAGUGGCAGGUUAUCUGAUCCAGAUACGUUGAGAAGGCACAUGGAGCAGAUUGCAAUGGUACAAGGUCUUGGAGGUGUUUCUAUGGAAUGCGCAAGUAUGUUGAAUAGCGUUUUGGAUGUAUACUUGAAACGGUUGAUAAAGUCUAGUGUCGAUUUAGUGGGAACUAGGUCUGCAAAUCAGCAGACGAAGCUCCCUACAACAAAUCAGCAGAUUCAGGGGAAGGCCAUUAGUGGCACGUUGCCUAAUAAUCAUUUACAUGUGCAUAGUACCGGUAGGAUCGCGGAACCCGAGCCUGAGCGAAGACCCCGGUUCUCAGUAUCUUUGAAUGAUUUUAAAGUUGCGAUGGAGCUAAAUCCACAGCAACUUGGAGAAGAUUGGCCACUACAAUUAGAGAAAAUUUCUAUGCAAUCCUUUGAAGAAUAA